AUGAAUGUUUCUCUAAAAGACAUAAUUCCGAACAAAACCUCAUCGCAAUUCAACCUCAACAAAAUUAGGUUCAAGAUCUCUAAGAAAGUGGAAUCCUAUUGUUAAUGCAAUCAAAGGAACUGUCUGAUUUGUGCUCGUAAGCGUUCUUCGUCAAUGCUAAGCAUGAAAAACUCGAUUGUUGUCGAUGAGAACUCUCCUGUGUCCAAACGCACGGUCGAACAACCAAAGCCAAUCUAGCCAUUCAAUCGAUCCAUUUCCAGACAAUAAUCCAAUCACAUGGGGAGAGUCUCAGUCAAUAUCUCAAAUACAACAACUACAACAAACAUUUAUGGUAGAACCAGGAAAACUUCAGUGGAGUGCUCGCCUCCCAAAGACAACAGUAUCAAAUUUAAUCUACCCCUUAUUUAGUUGUUGGCAGACACUCCUUUAAAUACUUAUACGUGAUUGGGAAGGGAGGCUUUGGGAAAGUUUGGAGAGUGGAAAUGAAGGCCAAUAAAUAGGAGUACGCAUUAAAAGAAAUGAUUAAAGCAAAGUAAGCCAAGAAUACAUUAACUAAAGGAUCAUAUCUAAACGAUCAGUUAAUUCAGUUAUGAAUGAGAAAUACCUUCUCGAGCAUCUCAAACAUCCCUUCCUUGUAAACAUGCAUUACGCAUAUCAAGAUAGAGAAAAUCUUUACUUGGUUCUUGACCUUCUCAGAGGAGGUGAUCUUCGUUAUCACAUUGGUAGACAAAAGAGAUUCACAGAAGAAUAAACAAGUAAAUAUUAAAAUUUAUAAAUCAGAGUUUUUUGUGUGUUGUAUCUUGUUAUCCUUGCAAUACUUGCAUUAAAAUGGUAUCAUCCACAGGGACAUCAAGCCUGAGAAUUUGGUGUUCGAUAAGGACGGCUACUUAAGAUUGACUGAUCUUGGAGUGGCAAGAUUAAAUAAAGACUCUUCAGCCAGUGAUACCUCAGGAACUCCUGGCUAUAUGGCUCCAGAAGUCAUGUGUAGAAUGGAUCAUUCAUUCCCAGUAGACUAUUAUGCAGUAGGAGUCAUAGCAUUCGAAUUACUCCUUGGAAAACGUCCAUAUAAUGGGAGAAACAGAUAAGAAAUUAGAGAGUAGAUUUUGGCUAAGCAAGUUUAGAUGAGAGAUGACAAAUACUCAGCCAAAGUUUAAGACUUUAUUAAUCGCGUAAGUAUUCCCAUAAUCGUAGUUAUUGAUACGUAAACCCUAACAGAGAUUAGGUGCUUAGGGAAUACAUGAGUUGUUUGAGCAUCCUUGGCUUAGCAAUUACAAUUGGGGUAGAUUGUUAAACAAAGAGAUCAAAGCACCUUACAUACCAGGAGUACACAUAUAAUAAUGACUUAGAGCAUAGAUGGCAAUUUUGAUUACCAAAGCCAGAUAUCUGCUGACUCUGAACCUCAGGAAGAAGCUUCAACCUUAUUAAGAAGAAAGAGUGUUUAAUGUUUAUUUGAAGGAUAUAAAUAUUUUUGA